AUGGGUGAUACUAAUCUCCAACAAAUCCCCGGCUUAGCGGACGUCAACUCGGAACACCCCGCUAUGUCUGGGCAGUUUUUCGUGUCUCACUACCAGAACGAGACUCAAGCCCGUCGCGAUCGUUACUUCACCUACCGUCUUUCAAAUGGCACUCUCUGGUACGGCGUUGAUGCCCCCGAGGAUGCAACUCCACUGGGCAUAUACUAUCCCAGAGGAGCUACGGUUGGUGGCUCUGCUAUAGCGAAUGCUAUGAAUGUGGUUCUACCACCCGACAGCGACUGGAAUCACUUCGCCGAGACGAACAAAAACAACAUUUCUUAUGUUGUCGAUCGUCCGGGCGUGCUUCGUGUGGUUCAGAACGCCAUCUCCCAAACCGAAGGCAUCGAAGCAGCCGACUCCGAACAAGUCAUCGAGCUAAUGGAAAGAGACCUGAACCGCCCUGAUAGCGAUCGCUACGAAGUCCCGGGCCUGUAUCAAAUACCACUACAUAUUGACGAGAACCGCCGCAGAAGCAGCCCCUGGAAUUACAUCACGGAUACUUUGGCUUCGAAACGUGAAGAUGGAACGCCGCGAUACCCGUUGACCUUGAGCACCCACAGCCUCGCGACUCGCAUUCUGAUGAAGAAUGCUGAGGCCGGGCUGAAAGCUUAUGGGGUGGAUUUCAUGGAUGGGAAAGGUCUUUAUGAGGCAGAUCGACGAUACGACCCCUCGGUCGAACCCCAAGUGCGCACUGUCAGGGCUAAGAAGGAGAUUAUCAUCUCAGGCGGUGCAUUCAACACCCCUCAGCUUCUCAAGCUCAGUGGAAUUGGGCCUCGAGAAGAGUUGGAGAGAUUCAGCAUCCCAGUUGUUGUCGAUCUUCCUGCCGUGGGCGAGUUCCUGCAGGAUAACUACGAGAUUGGCAUCAACGGUGCAUACGGCGAGGCCGCUGCUCCCAUUUUCAUGCUGCAUCGUAGCAACCAGUCCAGGAACGCGGAUUGCGACCUCAUCAUCUUUGGUGCAGCCGGUGGUGUGUUCGACGGUCACUAUCCCGGGUUCAGCGAAGUUGCAUGGCCGCCAACAUCCUUCUUUUGGGCCGUCGUGAAGAUGCAAAACGGCAAUCCGACGGGCACCGUGAGACUUCGAUCGUCUGAUCCCCGAGAGGCCCCGGAGAUCAACUUCAAUUUCUAUCAAGAGGACGCCGACGUCGAUAUUGCUGCUCUUUCCGAGGGCAUUGAACGUCUCAUGUCCAUCAUGAACGUCACGGGAGAGCCGUAUCAGCCCUUCCAGGUCAUCGACCCCCCUGCAGAUCGUUCACUUGAGCAACAUAUCCGAGAUCACACUUGGAGCCAUCAUGCCGCUGGUAGCUGCAGAAUGGGCAAGACAAAUCUGGACAGUUGUGUUGACUCAAAGUUCCGAGUUCAUGGUGUUCAGGGGCUCAGAGUUGUCGAUGGCUCAGUCUUUCCGAGAGUGCCCGGCGGGUUCCCUGUUGGUGCGACAUACGAUGCCAGUCGUAAGGCAUUCCACGAUAUAGUCAACAACGAAGGAAAGUGA